UUCACAUUCAUUGUAUACUCCCAUCUGGUAGGCCUCCAUUUGUCGUUGUCGUCCGUUUAGCAGCGGUCAAACAUUCAAAAAAUAAAUAAAACUGACAACAUACAAGUAAAAUAUGUUGGCCUCAGGACCCUCAGGUUUCUAUAAUGCACCAACGACCAAGGGUCUGUUACUGGUAGUGGGUAGUCUUUCGCUCUUGUCGUCCAUAUUUCAGAUAAAAACUGACUUUCAUCUGCAGUUUACGCCUCAUCUUACAUCACAUCAUCAGUUUUGGCGCUUAAUUGUGUCACAUUUCGCUUUCUCAACAUCGACAGAGCUCCUCUUCGGUGGCUUCAUUAUAUAUCAUCUCAGGAUCAUUGAGCGGCUCUUUGGACCAGCAAAAUACGUGUCAUUCAUAUUCGUAGCGGCUGUCUUGUGCACCUUCUUGAACGUGGCAGUUUUGGUCACCGGUAGUGCCCUAGGUCUAAAUGUUUUGCCUGCAGGCCCCUAUGGCGUUAUUUUUGCAGCGCUUUAUCAAUUUUACAUCUUGAUUCCAGUGAUGUACGAAUUCAAAGUCUUUGGAGUGGCACUUACGGACAAAAUCUUCAUGUACAUCCUUGGAGCACAGCUUCUAUUUUCACAUAUACCAGGAUCAAUCGCAUUGAGUAUUUGUGGGUUAUUAGCAGGCGCGAUCUAUAGGAGUGAUUUUGCAGGGACAAGGCGCUGGAGAUUUCCAAAGCCCGUGGCCCGAUUCGGGGAACACUUCUUGUUACCAAUCUUUUCAUCCUCACCAGCUAUUCGCUCAACUGCUACGACUUUUGAGAACCGCUCCCAAACAAGAGCAUCCGAUCGCCCUGCUCAAGCCAUGCGGGAAUAUUUGGACGUCCUUUCAACUGGAGGAGCACCUCAAGGGGCUACACCACGGCCACCAUCAGAAGAACAGAUUGCGACUCUUCAAGCAAUCUUUCCCGCAGCGACUCAAGAACAAGCUAUCGCUGCGCUCAACUCUGCCAACAAUAACUUAGAUGGAGCAGUCCAAUAUCUCCUUGAUAACCAAUCUACCACACAGCCAUCUACCUCAUCAUCGUAGUAUAAGUUAUUUAUUUUGUUAUAUUUUCAUUUACAAUGACAUUUCGUAUUUACAAAUAUAUAGUAUUAAGAUUAAUAGCGUCAUCUUCAGAUAGAUAAUCAUUUUUGGGAAAAUCAGUACUUUAUCGAUAAAUGAAGUUAGGACAUCAUAAAUGAUCCUG